UCGUAGUGUGAAAUUGAAGUUUCACUUGGCGGUUAUAAAGUAAAACUAUUAAUAUUAUUUUUAAGUGAAGAUUUUAUUAAGUUAUUACCAUGGCUUCAACUAAAGAUGAUCCUAAUGAAAGUGAAGAAAUGGAUCAAGACAGUGCAGAAAGUGACAAUAACAGCAAUGCUAAUGAAGAAUCUGACUCUAGCUCAGGCUCGGGCUCCGAAGAUGAAGGAAGUUCAGAGAUGGAUGAAGAGGAUUGUGAACGAAGAAGAACAGAAUGUUUGUUUGAUAUGGCUGAUCUUGAAAGACAAUUUAUGGAUCUUAAAAAACAGUUAUAUAAAGAGCGCUCAAAACAGAUUAUUACCAAAUUAGAAGAGGUCAAACUAGGUCGUGCUCCAGAAUAUCUUCAUCCACUCGAGGAACUUCAGGAAAGUAUGAGAAUUAGAACAGAAGUUGCAGGAAUUCUCAAAGAGUUAAAAUUAGCUAACAUAAAAAAUAAAUAUGAAGCAGAUAAACUGGCUGCACUUCAGAAUUUUGAGAGUGAAAAAGCAUUAUUAUGGGACUCCAUAAAAAAUGAUCUACAAGAAAAAAUCCGAAGGCUUGAGGAAGACAGAAAUAAUAUUGAUAUUACUUCAGAUCUAUGGCAUGAACAAGUAAAUCAUAAAAAGAAUAAGAAAAAAACAGACCCAUUAAACCCUGAUAGGAGAAGAAAGCCAGUUACUGUUUCAGGUCCAUAUAUUAUAUAUAUGUUGCAUGAAAAUGAAAUUUUAGAAGAUUGGACAACAAUAAGAAAGGCAUUGAAAACAGCGAAACAAAAGAGUGAACAUGAAUUUGCUCCCGUGGAGCAGCAGUUUCAUGCCCGUUUUGCAGAUGGGAAAUUACAGUAUCAGGAUGAGUUAUUCAGAAAAGGAGAUAGAGUAAUAUAUGAAAAUAAAACAGAUUCUCCUUUAUUAGCAAACAUUAUUGCUGUAAAUACGAGUGAGAUUCUUCUUCGACGGAGGGAUGGAAAUCGAUUAAAACUUUAUAUUAGUGACCUACAAGUUGGCAAGUUUACAAUAAGACAUUCUCCAGUGUGACUUUUAUAAGAUAAAAUGCUCAGAUAUAAUCCCUACCAAGAGAACUCAUUUUUAACAGUCACCUGAGUGCCACAAAUCAAGUUCCUUGGAGCGAGUAGCUCAAUCUUUUGAUACUAGAGGCCACUACUGAACAUUGUAUUUCUUUAAAUUGGUGAAGUUGCCUUGAAGAACAAUUCCAGUAUAUAUGGGAUUGAAAUAUACAUGUAAACAGUGGUCUGCUGUGAGAGGAACAUGUACAUUUUAUUCAUAAAAUCACACUCAUGGUCUUUGUGAGGUUGAUAAAGACUAGAACAGCCUUGCAUAUUUUUAUGCCGAAAUCAUUGUAUAUAGGUAGCAUGUCCACAAAAACACAAAAUGAUGUUAUUGAAGUAUAUCUUAACUCUGAAACUUUCUUUAAGGUAUUAUUUUUCAGGUAACAUAUUAUUUGAACUUGGUUUUACUUGUUAGCCAUUCCGUAUGGUGGAGCUAUGUCUGUAAAAUUAUGAAACUGUAAACCUGAGUCACUUGUAAAUAUACGUUCCCAAAUAAAAUAUGUUGUGUAAA